AUGACUGACACACACACACACACACACACACACACUCACCUUUUUCAGCAACUUGUUAUUAAAGAUGGUUACAGGUGGUGUUUUCCUGUCCUCCAGUUCUUUUGUUCACGUUUCCUUUUUCUCUUCCUUCCAUCACAGGGUCUGGAGAGCUGUCUGAAGGGACCAGACAAUUACAACAGCCAAGUAUUAAUAGAGGCCACAGUCAUUGCUCUGACCAAGCUGCAGCCUCUUCUCAGCAAGGACUCCCCCAUGCACAAAGCUUUGUUCUGGGUUGCUGUUGCUGUGCUGCAGCUGGAUGAAGUCAGCCUGUACUCUGCAGGAACAGCUCUUUUGGAGCAGAACCUCCACACGCUCGACACAAUGCGUGUCUUCAAUGACAAGAGUCCAGAGCAAGUGUUCAUGGAGAUCCGGCGUCCUCUGGAGUGGCACUGUAAGCAGAUGGAUCAUUUUGUGGGCCUGAAUUUUAAUGCCAACUUUAACUUUGCACUAGUGGGACACCUUCUGAAAGGUUACAGACACCCAUCAACCCACACGGUGGCGAGGACAGUGCGGAUCCUCCACACUCUGUUGUCUCUGACCAGUAAGCAUCUCAAAUGUGACAAGUUUGAGGUGAACACUCAGAGCGUGGCUUAUCUGGCAGCUUUGCUAACCGUGUCUGAGGAAGUCAGAAGUCGCUGCAGCCUCAAACACAGAAAGUCACUGCUCAUUUCAGACCUCUCAAUGGACCCGGUUCCCAUGGAGACCAUCUCCAGUCAAAUCACUAGUCCCAGCAGCAGAGCUCUGCAGGAGCCUCAGCCGUGGACGUCGCCUCAGAUUUCAGAUCGCUACCUUUCCACACAUCACUACCCCACAAUGGGCCAGAUCAGCCCACGAACACGGAAAUCCAUGAGCCUGGACAUGGGCCAGCCCUCACAGGCCAACACCAAAAAGCUCCUGGGCACCCGCAAGAGCUUUGAUCAUCUCAUAUCGGACUCUAAAGCACCAAAGAGACCAGAGAUGGAGUCUGGUAUGACCACUCCACCCAAGAUGAGACGUGUAGCAGAGAACGACUACGAGAUUGAGACGCAAAGAAUCGGAAACUCUCACCUCCGUAAGGUGUCAGUAUCGGAGUCCAACGUUCUGCUGGAUGAAGAGGUUCUGACUGAUCCGAAGGUCCAAGCUCUGUUGCUCACUGUGCUGGCGACCCAGGUUAAGUACACCACUGAUGACUUUGACCAGAGGAUUCUGUAUGAGUACUUGGCUGAGGCCAGUGUUGUCUUUCCAAAGGUCUUUCCCGUUGUCUACAACCUGUUGGACUCUAAGAUCAACACUGUGCUGUCCAUGUGCCAAGACACCAACCUCCUGAACCCGGUCCAUGGUAUUGUCCAGAGUGUGGUGUACCAUGAGGAGUCUCCUCCUCAGUACCAGCCUUCAUAUUUACAAAGUAAGGAGAAUACCGUCUCUGUUUAGUAGGGAUGUAAGAAAAUAUCUAUAUCGCAAAAUACCGUGAUAUUUUUCCCUGCAAUAUUAUCUCGGUAUUCAAAAGCUGUUUAUCUAAUUUUUGGAAUAAUUUACAUGCAAAUAUUUGUGUAUUUCCUUUUCUUUUCGUGCAAUUCAAACGCCGGCCACUAGUUGGCAGCAGUGUGCAGUGGGUUUUGUUUUCACCUUUGAAAUGUAAAUCUCUAUUGUGGUUCAGAUGCCUCAUGUUAAACAUGUUAAGUAUCAGUUUGGACUGUUUAUUGAAUUCUCCUAUAAUACAUUCAGUAUAAAAGUCGCUGGCUGAAUGUACCGCAGUAUAUCGUG